ACUGAGUUUUAACUCAGUCUACUAAAACUCUCUAAACAACGCGGACGCAAAGUCGCUCGUUACUCGGGCUCGUGUUAAGAAAGUGAGAAAAAUUUUUGAUUGUGAUUCAUGCGUGCGUGUGUGCGUGUACGUUUAGCGUGAGUGAAACAGAGCGAGCGAGCGAAACAUGGCGAGUGUUUUAUUAACGAAAAUUCAAUUACACUUUCUAUAAUUCAAUUUUGUUUCAAUUUGUAAUGCGGCUUAAGUGUUUACGCGCAGAGUGAAUGCUUUUUUUCCUUUAAUUUCCUCGCCCCCAAUAUCAUCAAAAUAAAUGAAAAAUUCUCUUUUUAAUUUGACAUAAAUUGUAAAUGUCUUUAAAAAUAUCUGUAAAUAAAUAAUCCAUCAGUAACAAUCUAAAGGCAGACCAAAGUCAACAUUUUGGUCACGUUUAAAUUGCAACAGUAAUUUUUUGUACAGUAAAUUAAAUUGUAAGAAGGCAAAAUUCAGAUGAAUAUUGAGCCAAAGCAACAACAGCAACAAGGCAACAACCGAAUCUAAUCAAAUCCAAUUAGAAGCGAAUUUUAAAUUCAGCAAAAAGAAAAAAAAGCAACUGGCAAAAAUACAAGAAAACACGACCGAAACGAGGUUGAAACAAAUUGCAAACGAAACGAGUCGAUCAAAAACAACAAGCAAAGCGAAAAAGAGAGAUAGAAAGAGAUUGAGAUUGAGAGAGAAAGAGAGAGAUAUAGAGAGCACCAGAGGAUCGUUCAAUUAAUUCGGAUGCGCCAAUGAAAACGUCGCAUCAUUCACACGCGUCCGAUUUCUUGGUCGACUACGCUGUCGUUGCCGGUUCCGGUUCCGGUCCAGAAGGAGGACUCUUUUAUAGCCAGAGUCAGAGCCAGCAUCAGCGACAGCGACAGAACGUCUAUGCAGCCGCUGUGGAUGUGAAUGUAAAGCCAAAGAUUGAACAGGUUAGCAUUGGCAUCAGUUGCGAUCUUAAGCCCAUUGUCUACCUGGACACGGAGACACAGCAGCCGCGUCAGCGCAGUGUGCUCAUUAAGCAGGACCAACAACAGCAACAACAACGUCAUCAGCAACAACAACCACAACAGCAUUCGUUGUCCAAGUCUGGAGCAGUGGUCAACAGCAAGAGAAAACGCGAAACAGAUUGCGAUUGCGGCUGCGUGGACUCGUACAACGGCGGCAGCGUUGAAAUUGUUAACGGCCAGGCGGCACAGGAAGCGGCAGCCCAUAACGUAGUUAGCAGCAGCCUCAAGACGGCGCACGCAAAGGUUGCCACAUCCGGGGGGCAUGCCAAUACGCAGCCCCCCAGUAAACGUUCCAGCAGCGGCGCCGAUGGCGACUAUCAGCUGGUCCAGCAUGAGGUGCUCUACUCGCUAUCUGCUGAAUAUGAGGUGCUGGAGUUUCUGGGCCGUGGCACCUUUGGCCAGGUGGUGAAAUGUUGGAAGCGCGGCACUUCUGAAAUUGUUGCCAUUAAGAUUCUUAAGAAUCAUCCAUCGUAUGCGCGACAGGGACAGAUUGAGGUGUCCAUAUUGUCACGGCUCAGUCAGGAAAAUGCGGAUGAAUUCAAUUUUGUGCGUGCUUUUGAGUGUUUUCAGCACAAGAAUCACACCUGCCUGGUCUUUGAGAUGCUCGAGCAGAAUCUCUAUGAUUUUCUAAAGCAAAACAAAUUCUCCCCGCUGCCGCUAAAGUAUAUACGUCCCAUUCUGGAGCAGGUGCUGACUGCCUUGUUGAAACUAAAACAACUUGGCCUGAUUCACGCCGAUUUGAAGCCGGAGAAUAUAAUGCUGGUUGAUCCAGUUCGUCAGCCGUAUCGUGUUAAGGUUAUUGAUUUUGGUAGCGCCUCGCAUGUGAGCAAAACUGUAUGCAACACGUAUCUGCAAUCACGUUACUAUCGUGCCCCAGAGAUCAUAUUGGGCUUGCCCUUCUGCGAAGCGAUCGAUAUGUGGUCUCUGGGGUGCGUGGUAGCUGAAUUAUUUCUUGGAUGGCCACUCUAUCCGGGCAGCUCGGAAUUCGAUCAGAUACGUUACAUAUCGCAAACACAGGGUUUGCCCACAGAGCAUAUGUUGAAUAGCGCCUCAAAGACAUCCAAGUUCUUUUAUCGCGAUGUGGAUUCAACGUAUCCAUUCUGGCGUUUAAAAACCACCGAAGAGCAUGAGGCCGAGACGAAUACGAAGAGCAAAGAGGCACGCAAAUAUAUAUUCAACUGUCUGGAUGAUAUUGGUCAGGUGAAUGUGCCCACAGAUCUGGAAGGUGGUCAACUGUUGGCAGAGAAAACAGAUCGAAGGGAAUUCAUUGAUCUGUUGAAGCGCAUGCUGACCAUCGAUCAGGAAAGGCGUUUAACCCCAACGGAGGCAUUGAAUCACAGCUUCACGAGGCUCACACAUCUGGUUGAUUAUGUUUACUGUAACAAUGUGAAGGCCUCUGUUCAAAUGAUGGAGGUGUGUCGUCGUGGCGACUUCCACACAGUACAACCCGCUCCGACGCUGGUAACCAAUUUUGUGCCGAGCAGCACCGACAACAUGACCUUUACCAUCAACAAUCAGUUGACCAGUCAGGUGCAACGUCUCGUUCGGGAUGGACGUCCCACGUUAGCCUACGAGGGUCUCUAUCAGAUCUACGGAGGACGCAAUGUGGCAAGGCAAUAUCCCCAGGCACGCACCGACACCUUCCAACAUCAACUGGUGUCGAAUAUCUUGUGUCCACCUUCGUAUCAGGCCAUGCCCAGUCCCACCAAGCAUGUGGUUGUUGGUAGUGCCAGCAUGCAACCGCCGUUGCAAGUGCCACCACAGCAAUAUGUCAAUGUGCCCGUACCCGUUUCAAUGGUUGAACCCAGCUCGGGUCAACGCAUGUUGCUAACGAAUCGUGUGCAGGCGAGUGGCGUUGCCUGGCCACAAACUGGACGCCAGAUGGCGCUAGUGCCGUCUUGGCCACAACAGGCGCCGGCUCAUUCGCUAAUUGUGGACUCGACGCCGCUGUUUAAUGUGGAGGAGAUCUAUCCCAAGCAUCAUCUUAACUUGCCACGCAACGAUCUCAAAAAGGAAUCGCCGGCUCAUCAUCUAGCCAAGGGCAACUCUUAUCGCGUGCCGCGUCACGAGAAGAAGGAGCAUCAACAGUUGUCGCCAGUGAAGAAGCGUGUGAAGGAGAGCUCGCCGCCGCAUCAGCAGCGCUAUCAACGUGCCGCCCAUGUGUCGCCGCAGUACCACGCCCACCACAACUGCAACUACGGGGGCGGUUACGGCGCUGGCGCUGCUGGAACCCUUGUUGCCUCAUCAGCAUCAUCAGCAAGCAACAUUGUGAAUGCGAGUGGCAGCAACUCCUCGAGUUCGCAUCAUAAUCAUGCUCCUGUGGCACAUGCCCCACACGGGGGCAGCAGCAGCGCUUACAACAAUGCUAGCCAUCACAUUGUGGUUAACAAUUGCAGCGGCGGUGGUUCAGCUGUUGGUGGUGGUGCUUACCACAGCAGCAGCGGCAGCAGCCAACCACCGUUGCAUGCACAUCAGCCGCAUGUGAAGCAACCAACAAUCACCAUACAUGACACGCCCUCACCGACAGCUGUUGUUGGCGAUGUCAUCACCAUAUCGGACAGCGAGGAUGAGGGUGCAGAUGCUCCAGGAGCAUCAUUGGCUGUGCAGCCCGUCAAGCAGCGUGCGCAUGCACAAUCCCAGACGAGCAGCAGCCUCAUGCAACAGCAGCAACAACAGCAUCAACAACACCCACAGCAGCAGCAGCAGCAGCAACAACACUCGGGCAGCAAUUCAUCGCAGCAUUGCCGCAGCAGCGCACAGCCGUUGCAUAUGCAACAGCAACAACAACAACAGCAGCAGCAGCAGGCGGUUAAUUAUGGUGAUCACGAUCCGGAGGAUGCACGUCGACGUCAACAUGCCGCCGUCUCUGCCGUUGCAAGCAGUCCCAAACAUCAGCAUCAUCAUCAUCAUCAUCAGCCGCAGCAACAGCAACAACAACAAGUGGUGCAACCUGCACAGCAGACGCCGCAUUAUCAGCCGCAACCACAAACACAACCACAGCAGUUGCAGCAACAACCACCACAACAGCCCAACAUCAAGUAUGAGCCUGGACAAUCGCAAAAGAAACGCAUCUUGGCCAUGGCACAGAACGAGUGCAACUAUCAGCCACAACCACAGCCGCAGCAGGUGCAACAGCAACAACAACAACACGCACCGCCACCCGUGGCCAGUUUGCCGCAUAUUCCAACAAAACAGGAACCAGCCGAGUUCUAUCCGGAAUAUGCACAACAGCAACCUCCACCACAACAACAACAACAACAAUUGGACACCAAGCGCAGCAGCUGGGCAGCUAGUUCAAGUGGUUCGGCAAUGCCACUGGCACAUCCGAAACGUGAGGCACCUUCGGUGGCACCUGUGAGCUAUGUGGCACCCGCUGUUGCACCACCGUUGGCCCACUCCAAGAGCAGCUCGAGUUCGUCAUCGUCUUCGAUAAGCGCUGCUGCUGCUGCGGCUGCGGCGGCUGCUGCUGCAGCUGCCAGUGUUGGGCCACCAUCGUGGGGUGCACCGCAGGUUUACCGACAGCCAUCGCAACCGCCGCCGGCGAGUGUGGCGGCACCAGCACCGCAGUCAGCGGCACCACCGCAUCAUCAUCACAGCAGCCACAGUCACCAUCAUCAUCAUCAGGCGGGCACGCCGCUGGGCGGCUCACCGUCAUCCACAGCCGCUGCGGCAAUGUUGCAGACGGACAUCUACGCACAGGGCGACAUGUAUCGACGUCCCACAGUCUAUGUGUCCCAGGCCGCGCCCACUUACGCCUACGCGAAUCGAGGGGUGGUGGCACCGCCACCUGCACACAAUAGCUCCAGUCGACAGGUUAUACCAUCGCAUCCGUUGCCGGCGCACAUACAAAUCCCGACACAAUAUAGCCAAUUUGGGCCAUUGAGUCCCGCCCAGGUAGCUGCCAGCAAGCAUGCGGCGCACUUUGCGCCAACUAAUAUAUGGUAUGGAGCUGAGUAGCUUGCAGGGUGAACGGGUUGACGAGGAUGGGACGAGAGGCGAGGCCAGGCGAGGCGAGCAACCACUGACAAAACAACAAAAACAACAAUCUUGUUACCUAUUACCACCACCAUUACCAUCACUCUCCACACAGCCUAGUACUUGAGUCUAGAACUUCAUUGAUUGAUUGAUUGAUUGACGCUCGAAUCUUUUAUGGCCUCGGCUGACGGCGACGACGACGAUAAUCCCAAUAACAACAACAGCAACAACAAUUGCAACACAGAGAAUGAUUUGCAACAGCUGCAGCUCACACAAUGCUGGUGGUUUAUGAUGCUCAUGCAACAGAGCAUCAUACACAACAGCAGUAAUUUGCAUGAAACACCUACAUCAACAACAACAACAAUAAACAACAACAACAACAACAACAAUGUUGCACGCAGCAGCAGCAAUCGGAGUCGCCGCAAACGUUAAAAAACUCGUCUGCCCCCACCCCGUUGCCAGCAAAUUUUUUCUUUUAAAUUUCGGCAAUCUUUAAACGAUUGUCGAUUAUAUUCGAUAAUUCGAAUUAUAAUUAUAAAGUUUUUUUUAAUUAUUUGAAUAAAUGUAAAGCAUUUUGUACACGCAGUUUGAAGUGUAAAAUGCAUCAAAUUACAUUAAUACAUAUAUGUAAUUAAUACAUACAAAUAAUGCUGCAUAUGAGCAACAACAACAACAACCACACACACAAAUAUAUACACAUAUAUAGACCUUGCAACAUGUUAAAGGUACUAGAAACACUUUCUAUACACAUGUAUUUUCAAAAAUUUCUCAAAAGAAAAAACAAAACCUAAAGCGUUUCAUUCUGUGUGUUGUAUAUUUUUUAUUAGAACUUCUAAGAAAAUGCAUACUUAUAGAUAUAUAGAAAUAUAUAUAUGCAUAACUAUGAUAAAUAUUAUGAUAUGUCUAAGUACUACAUAUAUAUGUAAAACCUAAUCCUAAUACUAAAAAACUAAACUAAUAUUAUACUAUACUAUAUACAUUUACAUAAUGCUAAAUAAUGCAACAUAUAAUAUGAUUAAUGCAACAUGUUUCUGUACACAACAACAACAACAAUAACAGCAAAAGCAACAACAAAAAUCAACAAAUACUUAGUGCAAAAAAGGCAUAGACAUUUUUUAGACUCUUUUUAGCAAGUACCUCAACGAAUAAAAUAAUAAAAAAAAAACAUGCAACAACAACAAACAAACAAAUAAUGUUAUGCAAAUUGCCUUUUACAACAACAAAACAAUAUUGUAUAAAUAAAAAACUUAGUGAGAUAAUCAUUAACCAAGAAAAAUGAUAUGAUACCGCAAAAACCUUACUAGCAAUCAAAGCAUACAUAUAAAUAAUUACAAUAUUGUAGGUAAACUGUAGCGAUAUAUCUGAUAUAACUGAUAACUGAACAUGCGAUAUAUUAUAGCUAAUAAUACAAUAUACAUAGAUAUUUGUGUGUUUUUUUAAACCAGCCACACACACACAUACGCACUCUCAUAGAUCUUAAACUAAGCUGAAAUUCCCCACAAUAGAAUCAAUCAAAUUCUUGGGGCUUUGUACAAAAACAAAAAGUAUAGAUACAAACAAAUUAGAUGCAUUGUAUUUAGCAAUGACUAUUAUUAUUUAAUAAUGGAUUUUAAAAUCAGAUCAGGUAUCAGGUCAAGCGAAUUACUUAUAAACAAAAAACAAAAGAAAACAAAAAUGUAAUAAUUAAUGUUCACUUAAUCGCUUUAUUGUAUAAUUUCUGUAUUUACCCCCUAAAUGAAAAAAAGGUCUUGGGUUUGUCUUUUAUCUAACAGACUCUGCGUUUAAGUCUCUGUUUCAAUUAAAGAAAGAAAUCACACGAAUUAUGAGAAUGUUCACUAAAAGUACAAAAACGGCAAGCAAUCUAGCAGUAAUUGAAGAGUUAUAGGCUUUUAAAAUGUUUCUUAUAUAUUAUAUUAGUUUUAUUUCUGUAUGUGUGUGCGUUCAUUUCAACACUUCUAAUAAACGCAGAGAUUUAAUUUUAUACAUUUAUAUUAAUUACUUAUUUUGUGUAUAUAAAGAAACCCUUGCUUACUAUUUUAUCGAUAUUCUAUUCAUACAUAAAUUAUAUACGAAAUACUACAUACUAUCUAACUAAACAUAUUACAUAUUGUUCUUGUUAAUUAGGUUUCUUAAAGUACUUUGUAGUUAGUCGUAACUUUGUCGCUAUUUUUCAAUUUUUUUUGUCAGUCUUCGUAAUAUUUUUUUGUUAGUAUUUAGAACUGUGGGCACUUCCUAUUACAAUAAUAUAAUACUGAAAAAAAAAACAAAAAAAAGCAAGAGAAAUAUAAUUGAAAAUCCCAAAACACACGUUUCAAUGUAUCAGUUUGUAUGGUGAACAGGUCCGUUUUAUUAUUGUAAUUAAUAUAAUGUUAAUGAUUAUUCGAACAUAACGCAUGAAUAUAUGAUAAUUAAUCAGCUGUGCACGAAAUAAUUGUAACAAAAGAACUAAAAUUAUACAUACAUAAAUAUAUAUAUAUAUAUACUGCAACAAGAAAUGUAAGCAAACCGAUCUAUUUGAAAGUCUAGCAUAUAAUUAUUGUGAUGUAGUUUUUAAAAUCGAUGCAAAUACAAAUUGAAAGUGUCGGAAUUUUUGUCCUUGUCGUAAUUAGCCAGUAACGAAAUUAAAACAACAAACAAAUUACAAAUUACAAUUACAAUUACAAACUAAUUAUAUUUCUAAUGUGUAAUCGAUACCGUUAUUAAUGCGGCAUAUAAAUAUAAACAAAAUAAUAUAUGUUAACUAUUUAGUACGCAAACAAAAUGACUAAACA